CCCUGAGUGAAGAUGGCUCGAUUUCUGUGUGGAAUCGGUAUUUUUCUUCUUGCUGUUUCUACAUCAAUGCUAUUAGUAAAUGCUGAAGAGGAGAAGAUUUUGUCCGACAAGGAUUUAGAGAUCAAAAAUGAUGAACCAGUUCUAGAAGACCAGGAACUAUUAGAUGAUCUUUUAGCCGAGGCCGAAAACGGACCCAGCGAAGACAAUGCAGUUGAAAAUUCCCCCGAUGAACGGAUCGAAGACAGUUCUGACGAAGCAGAUCUCUCACUAGAGGAUGACAAAGGAACAAGCGAAGACAAAGUUGAAAGUUCCCCAGAAGAAAGCGAAGACAGUGCUGACGAAGAUGACCUCUCAUUCGAGGAUAACGAAGGUAGAAAAUUCUGA